UAUGAACCAGGCCCGCAUACUGAAAACCCUACCGACAUUUAAACCUUCUCAAAUAUGCGUGAAAUAGCUGAAAGCCCUACGGCUGAUCACCGGUGGAGAGGAGACAGCAGCAGCAAUGGUGUCCGGAUCGGGAAUCCGCGUCAAUCGAGUGGUGGUGGAUGCGAGGCACCACAUGUUGGGGCGUCUGGCUUCUAUUCUGGCCAAGGAGUUGUUGAACGGUGUGAGAGUUGUGGUGACGAGAAGUGAGGAGAUCUGCCUCUCCGGCGGCCUUGUCCGUCAGAAAAUGAAGUACCACCGCUUUCUACGCAAGCGCAUGAACACUAAACCUUCUCACGGUCCAAUCCAUUUCCGUGCUCCUUCAAAGAUCCUAUGGCGUACCAUCCGAGGGAUGAUUCCGCAUAAGACUAAGCGCGGUGCUGCUGCUCUUGGCCGACUGAAGGUUUUUGAAGGGGUGCCUACGCCGUAUGAUAAAGUGAAGAGGAUGGUUAUUCCUGAUGCUCUCAGGGUUUUGAGGCUCCAAGCUGGUCACAAGUACUGCUUAUUGGGAAAACUUUCAUCUGAGGUUGGAUGGAAUCACUAUGACACUAUCAAGGCCCUGGAGAAUAAGAGGAAGGAGAGAGCCCAGGCAACAUAUGAGAGGAAAAAGCAAUUGACAAAGUUGAGGCUCAAAGCUGAGAAGGCUGCAGAAGAGAAACUUGGUUCUCAGCUUGAUAUUCUUUCCUCUGUCAAGUACUGAAUCUAUACAAAAGGCAGAUGAUUAGAAUGGAUUUUUCAUGUCUAAAGGGCUCCUGAGAAUGCUAGCUGGGAGAUUUCCGUCUUUUGUUUACUGCGAUUUAGGAACAUCUUGUUACAUCUGUUGGACAUCUUGAGCUAUUGCGGUGUUAACUCUUUUAUAUUUAUAACGUACCAAUUACUUUCGUGGCAUAUGUGCAAAAUAUCAUCUGUGCUAUUUAUUGGUUUUGAUGGGUAAGGUUUUGUCCAAUUUUAGUAAAAUUCCCAAAAUCAAACAAACAUGAUGAGUUGUCAAAAACUA